AUGAAUGGGCAACGGGACCCUCGUUAUUAUUCCCAAGAGGAAGAGGAAUUGACCACUUUGAAUGGUUAUCAUGGAGUUCAGAAUCCUCCGACCAGCCCUAGCAACUUUGACUUUGAGUUCCAUGAUAUUCCCUCCCCAAGACCUGUCGUGCCAUUUCGACCUGGCCAUACACAAAGCCCAGGCCCGGGAACCCGUAACAGUCCGCCCGAAUAUGGUUCUCCAGGUUGGCUACAUCCAAAUCGAACCUCUGAUGUCCCUGAAACAUGGAUGAACUCACCGUAUGAGUCUCGUUCGACAUCGCCAACUCUUUAUCAAAAUACUCCCGUGCAGCAAAGUCUCCAGAGUCUGGUAGCACCUCUCGUCAAUACACCUGCCUCUCCCGGAUACGCCAAGGAAUGGGUUCAAGCUGGUUCCGCAUCAAUUGCCCGGAUCAGUGAUCGAGAUGAUGCAGACACCUGGAAAGGAUGGAAGCGCUGGGUCUUCUUCUUCACUCCGUUCCUCACGUUCGCUAAUACCGGUAUCUAUUUGUUUUACUUGGGUUUGCGAAUCUACUGUAUCAUCAUGGCUCAGAGAGAGGCGGAUGUCACCUACGCCGGAGCCUGGGUUUUCGUCGCAAUUGAGAUCGCCGUUGCUAUCCCCUCCCUCAUGCAUAACUGCUGGACAAUGCUUGCAUUGAAGAAGCGUGGUCGCCCCAAGCUUCGAUUAACUGGAGACGAUUGUCCGACUGUGGAUGUGUUUGUGACCUGCUGCGGUGAAGAGGAUGAAUUGGUCCUCGAUACCGUGCGAGGCGCUCUGAACCAAGAUUACCCGAGCGACCGAUUCCGGGUUAUUGUGCUAGAUGAUGGUCAAUCGGCUAUUCUCGAAGACAUGAUUAACCAACUGAAGCCCGCUCAUCCCAACGCUUUCUACAUGGCUCGUGAGAAGAUUCCCGGAAAGCCCCACCAUUUCAAGGCCGGUAACCUCAACUACGGUCUGGAUGAGGUUCACAAACUUCCUGGAGGUGCUGGUGAAUUUAUGGCCGCAUUGGAUGCUGAUAUGAUUCCUGAACAAGAUUGGCUUCGUGCAGUGGUUCCCCACUUGUUGGUGGACCCCAAAAUGGCCCUUGCUUGUCCUCCGCAACUUUUCUAUAACACCCCUGCAUCGGAUCCCUUGGCUCAGAGUUUGGACUUUUUCGUGCAUGUUAUUGAACCUAUCAAAGAUGCCCUUGGCGUUGCUUGGUGCACGGGCUCCGGCUAUGUGGUUCGUCGCGUUGCGCUAGAUGAGAUUGGCAAUUUCCCUCUUGGCUCCUUGGCAGAGGAUGUUGCGACAUCAACGCUCAUGCUGGGUAAAGGAUGGAAGACUGCUUAUAUUCACGAACCGCUUCAAUUCGGUACCGUGCCCGAGGAUUAUGGUGGUCAUUUGAAGCAGCGAACUCGAUGGGCCAUCGGAACUGUCGAUACCGCAUUCAAGCUGAAGUUCUGUAUCUGGGGUGAUGCCGUUCGUCGGAUGACCAUUGCUCAGCGCUUUUCUGGAUUCCUCUAUGCCACUCUGAGCUUAUACACCCUUCUGCUCACGGCCUCCCUGUUCGCCAUCCCCAUCAUUCUGCUCUGGGGCAAGCAACUUGUCGCCUACGCCAACGAGACUGAGCUUCACUGGCUGAUCUGGGCUUGUUUUGCCGCCACGCUGUCCAACCGUGUCUGCGAAUUUGCCCUGUUUAUCCCCGCCGGCUACAAUACCGGUCAGCGAGGAUCUCGCUAUCAGCUGUGGAUGUCUCCCUACAUCGCCUUGUGCAUUGUUCGCUCUUUCAUGCUGCCCAAGUGGCUUGGUGGUCAGACCCAGGCUUUCAAGCCCACAGGUUCCCUCGGCUCCGCUCUGAAUGAGCGAGACCCCAAGACCCGAAAGAACAUUUUCGUGCGUCUUCGAGUCAUUCUAUUUAACUUUAUGGCUCUCUUCCACUUUGCGUUCGUCUACGUCACGCUGGUCGCAGUAGUGAUCUCCUCUUACCGCUGUUUCUAUGUUGCCCAUGGCUUCAAGGAUGUGGUUAAGUGCCUGAUCACUCAUGCAUUCUGGCCUCCAUUGACCUUCCUCUUUAUAUGCACAUCUCUGUGGACCCCGGUCUCCUACGCGAUCGACCCUCCUUCAAUGCCAGAGCGUGAGGACCUCUUGGCCCGUGAUCCCAAGACCGGAGUCGCCCACCCAACCACCAAGAGUAAGAAGAUUGCUUUUGGUGGCCAGGCUGCGUGGUUUGAGCUCCAGUACACCGUCUCCACGGUGGCCACGAUCCUGAUUUUUGUUUACUCAUUCUUCUGGUGA